UUUCAAGAUAAGUAAUUUUUCUGGAGCUGCAGAAAUGGUUGGCUCUACCUACAGAUGGAAACUUGGAAUCUCUCUGAAAUACAUCCUGGAAUAAUUGUGUUUGGAGCCAAAUCUUAGGAAGUCUCCAAGGAUGCGAGUGUGUACCAGGUCGGCGUUGCUGUUGCAUGGGCUGUUCCUGGUCUACGUGUUCAUGGUGUCCUGCAAGCUGAUGUCCGCCUCCAGCCAGCACCUCCGGGGACAUGCAGGUCACCACCAGACCAAGCAAGGAACCUGUGAGGUGGUUGCUGUGCACAGAUGCUGCAAUAAAAACCGCAUAGAAGAGCGGUCACAGACAGUCAAGUGUUCCUGCUUCCCUGGACAGGUGGCUGGCACGACUCGGGCCCAACCUUCUUGUGUUGAAGCUUCCAUCGUGGUUCAGAAAUGGUGGUGUCACAUGAAUCCUUGUUUGGAAGGAGAGGACUGUAAGGUGUUGCCAGAUUACUCAGGUGACACGGUAGCAAAGCGAGGGAGCGCCUCACUCCUGGAGGAGCAGCGGGAGGCAGAGCUCUUUCCCGUGGAUUCCUACCCUGGCCGCUUGCCGGCGACUGUCUUGGAUUUCAACAACUUCACAUGUUGUGUUGUGCAGCGUUCACCAAAUUACCCAGACCUUUCUGCUUCAUGACUUGGUUACACUGAAGCCCAGCCACGGGCCAUGGCAUAAUCGACAUCAUGUUUGGAUUCUGAAAGAACAAGCCUGCAAAAAUCCAGGAGGAACAAAUCCAAGACAUGAAAAUGGAUCACUACUUCAGAGACAUUUGGCCUUCAGUUUGUCUUUUAAGGAACUAUAAAUGUGUUUCAAAGGGUCUAAAUUCUGUUCCUGUUUUGAGCUUUCUCUUUAGGCAAUAUAAUUAAAAUGGUUUAAAAGGGGUCUCAAUAACAAAAACUUUGGGCAAAACUGAUUUGCUAGUGUUAAGAAAGUUUGAUGAACUGGUUAUAGAAUUUAUUGGGGUUAUUAUGUUUACAUUUGUGUCUUGUCUUUAAGUUUAUUAUUAUUAUUAUCAUCAUUUUAUGAUAUAGUUCUACAGGCCCUGGGAUUUCCCUUACUCCCUUCCCAAGUCUCCCGCCCAACUGAGUUUCCCUAUAUUACUACUAUAGUCAUUGUGGGCAUGGACAGUGGCAGAGUCCAGCAUCCUAUUAUCAAGAUACAGUUUCACUGGGAGUCCAUCUUUGAUCUGGAAGUAGAGCUACAUACUGCAUUGUUUCCUCCCAUCUGGAUAUGAUAUCUUGAUAAUAUGAAAUGUCCAUCUUUCAAGUUUCAGUGGUAGGUAAGCAGAAACAAAAUAACGGCAUUUCAGCACACUGCUUAUUUCUUCUAGAGCUUUGGUUAUAAAACAUUGGCGUAAACAAGAAAUGAAUCUUUUGGGGAUUUUAUAGCUUAUGAGUAGUCAGAUAGGUAAGUUACCUAAAAAAUAGUCCGUUUAUAUCAAG